UCCCUAUGUUGCUCAAAAAGUCGUUGUUUAUAUUAUUGUCCAUUGUUACACUGUGUCUUUUGCUGCUUGUUCCCGAUACAGCAGCGCGAGUGAGCACCGUGGAUGAUGUUUCCUCAUGGACCAAGGAUAAAAUUGACGAAUAUUUGGACAAGUACAAGAUUGCUUACAAUAACCAUGUGGAUCAGUCAACUCUCGUGAAACAGAUCAAAGCUUACAAAAAAGCCGUCGCAGCCAACGUCGUCCUCUUCGGAGACAAGAUCAACCAUGUCAUGAAAGAUCUGAAAAUCACACUCGACAAAGACCGUAAAUUGACCAAAACGGAUGCUGACCUUCUGAUGAACGAGAUUCAGUAUCAUCUGCGUCGCUUGGAACUUCAAGGCGAAUUAACUCAAAACCGAGUCAAGAGUACACUGGGUAGAGUUCACAAGCAUGUCAUCAAGCAGAAAAUUAUGGAUGAAGCACGGUGGCAGGAAAUUCACAACCAGGUGCUGUCGUCCUUUGAAAAUCAGGGUUGGUACCAACGUGUGUUAUCUCGCUACCCAACCGACGACACCACAUCUUCCGCUUCUUUGAAUCGUUGGCUUCACGGUGUAGCCGAACGUCUGGACCACGUGAAGGAUCUGUCCGAAGAUCAAAUAACCAGUGUCAUUGAUCACCUACGACAUUCCAUCACGUCUGUCCCGGAUAUCACUCGCAUUGGUGAUCCCUACUGGCGUGAAAAAUUCGCUCACCGCCUCGAGACACAAACCAAGUUGACGGGCGAGCAGAUCCAAAAGGUGCUCGACUCGAUCGAGCAUGACGUGAAUGCAUACAAAAUAUUCGCCAUGGACUACGUGGGCGAAUCGAUGAUCGAUACAAAAGAAUGGAUGCAUUCUGUGAAGGAAACCAUUCGACAUGGCUGUUCUGCUGCGGUGGAUAAAUUCUGGGACGUAUUCUACAUGAUAGACAGGAAACUCCGUGACACCUUGGCCUUGCAACACCACGUGGACCAGAACCCCUACCAGAGGGCCACGAACUCGAUCAAAAGUGUGGUCAGUUCGGUUUCCAGUGAUUGGCAUCGCUCGUCGCAGUCGGCUCAAUACUCACGAUCGGUCCAUUCUGCCGUUUCGGCCGCAUCCGAAUUUGCUGCAUCGGCUACCGAUAAGCUGUCGCACAAAGGCCAUGGCGAUUCGUGGCGGAGCUCAUUUUCUCACUUUUGGGCUGACCAGGAAUUGGAGGCGUAUCGACGGUUGGGUUACACAGAAGCCCACAUUCAAUGGAUUCAGGACUAUCUGAAAAAGACCUUAACCCCUCAUAAAAAAGGCUCGUCCAACUCUGUCGAAAAUAUGUUCAACAACAUCAAGCAUUAUCUGAUCGAUGCCAAGGUCCAGACUGAAGCACAAGUGCAGCGCGAAGUUGACCGUCUCAAAAAGGAAUAUGAAGCAUGGAAAAAGCGUGCUCAUGCCUAGAGUUGUCUAUAAUAUCGUAGUUGUCCAAAUCACAAAAAUAAAAACCUUGCCAGCUCCUUUGGUACAGUUUAAUUGAAAAAAA